AUGGCUAUCCUGGAUCCACCGCCUAUUCGCUGCCGAAUUGGAGACUUACGGUUGACAUACGAUGGAUUGCUUCCUUUGAUUGGAACUUUUCUCUGUGUUGCUGCGUUGACCUAUCUGAUCUCGACUAUUCAAGGUGCCAUCACAGUUCGCAACAAACGCCAUGGAAGCCGACCACCAAAACUUCCGUAUGCGACUCCACUGCUUGGCCAUCUUCCUGAGUUUUUAAAAGACACAAUGAAAUUUCUAGCGAGGGCUACAGCUAAAUAUGGGCCGUCCACUCCAGUUCGGAUACAGCUUCUUAACCGAUACAUGACCCUGCUGAAGGGUGCUGAGGCCGUCACUUCCCUUUUCAAAAGCUCAAGGGACUUGAGCAGUGAGCACUGGCUCGUGCAGGUCUUGGUCAAUGCCUUUGGCGUGGAGGUCACCGAUGCGCCCUUCUAUUUGGCCGACGACACGGGGAUUGCCAAUCAUCCCGAUCCCAGAAGUAACAUGAAGAACCCAGAGCAUCGCAUCUUCCAUUUGGUCUUUAAAUCAGUUCAUAGUGGCUUGAGCGGAGUGAGCCUUGAGGAGAUGGAGAGACAGCUUGUGCGAAACUUGUCCUCCCAGAUUCAUCACACAGACAUCAAAUCAGACUCUUGGACUCAAAUAUCUGAUCUGUACGGCUCAUUGAUUCGCACUGUCGCUUUCAAAGCAUCCGUCGUGUCACUCUGCGGGCCGCAUGUUUUCGAACGCAUCCCGACAUUUGAUGCCGAUUUCUGGACAUUUGAUAGCGCCCUCCCGAAUUUGUUUAAGGAAAUUCCACGAUGGCUGGCACCGGCGUCGUAUGCGGCGAGGGACAAGAUGAAAAAACAUCUACAAGAGUGGCAGUCCUUUGCCCACGAGCAUUACGAUGUUUGUCAGGGCCAACAAGACCAGAGGGAAUGGGAGGAAUUUUUCGGGUCUAGGUUGAUGAGGACGAGACAUGAAUUCUUCCAAAAGAUGCCAUUGAGCAAGGAGACCAUCGCGGCGGAUGAUCUUGGAUUAGUGUGGGCAGCGACAGCAAAUACCGUUCCUGCGAUUGGAUGGAUGCUGCUGGAGGUUCUCCAGCGUCCGGAACUUUUACAGAGAGUUCGUGACGAUAUUGCCCACUACGUCUCCUUGGACCCAUCCGACCCUACACAGAUGGUCGUCGAUAUCCCCAAUCUCUGCAGUCGGCCCCUCCUGCAAUCAAUAUACGCCGAGGUCUUGCGUCUCCGCUCUGGCACCGUCAUAAAUCGAGUCCCGACAUCUAACGACUUCCACAUUAGAGGGUGGCAUUUCAAGAAAGGCGAACAGAUCAUUGUAUCCACCUACGAUGCCGCGCGCGACCAAUUCGUCUGGAACCAAGGCACCAUUGACGACCCACACCCUGUGAAUGAAUUCUGGCCAGAGCGGUUCAUUCGAUACCCGGAUAACCCCAAUAGCGGCCCAGUUCUACAAAAGAUUACACAGGAACAGGCAGAGAAAACGCAAGACCCGAUGAUCUCAGAACCCACCUUCUCCCUCGACGGCACGGCUGGAUCUUGGGUCCCCUACGGAGGAGGUACACGAAUGUGUCCCGGGCGCCACUUCGCGAAAAAGGAGAUGAUUGUAACGAUGGCAAUUUUCUUGUCGGCAUUCGAUAUUGAGCUCCUGCUUGAUAAGGAUUGUGAAAUUCAACCCGAUUUGAAGUACUUCAUGUUCGGUGUGAUGCAUCCAGAGGGGAAAAUACCCGCCAGGAUUCGGAGAAGAAGUUUCCAAUGA